AUGUCCUCCUCAGGUGAAGUAGCAUUGCCCCCCAUAGACGGCACAGUGACAGUACUCCCUGGUUUCCUUGACUUUCAUGCCGAGCACAAUCCUAACGCAUCCUGCUUCAUCUUCCCGUUCCCGGAUAUCUCCUCUGACGAGACGCGGACCAUCUCUUUCUCCCAGUUCGCCGAAGCAACCCAUCGCAUCGCGCACGCCUUCCGCCCUGGGCGCGCGGGACCCGAGGGCGCCGUCGUCGCGGUUCUCGUCAACUGCGAUACGCUCCUCUACCACGCCCUUCUCGCCGGCCUCGUGCGCGCAGGGCUUGUCCCUUUCCCCAUGUCCCCGCGCAACUCGCCGCCUGCGGUCGCGAGCAUGAUGGAGCGUACGCGUUGUCGGCACAUUAUUUCGCAGUCGACCUUCGCUGCGUUGACGGACGCGGUGUGCGCCACGCUCCCAUAUGGAGACUCUGUGCGCGUUGAUAAUCUCCCGCCGCUUGUUGACGUCUUUCCAUCCCUCGCCGCAUCCGUCGACCCGCCCGCCAAGUCCCCCGGGCCAUACCCGUCCUCGGGGCGCAUAUCCGCUCCGGACGAUAUUGUACUAUACCUACACUCGUCCGGCUCGACGGGACACCCGAAGCCCAUCCCACAGACGAACAAGACGCUACUGCACUGGUGCCAUCUUCCGAUCCUGGCCGAAUGCCGCAAGCGCGCUAUUCGCUGGGGCUGCAUGGCCCUGCCGGCAUUCCACACGAUGGGUCUGUCCGCCCAGCUCCUGGCGCCGCUCUUAUCUGGACAGCAGACGAGCCUGUACCCCCCGCGGGCCAUUUUCUCUGCCCCACCUAUUGUGCCGACUCCGCAGAACACCAUAGAGACCGCGCGUAAGACUCAGUGCACGGCCAUCGAGAGCGUCCCGGCCUUUCUUGAAGCUUGGGCACAUAACGAGGAGGACGUCAAGUUCCUAGCGUCCCUGGAAGCAUUGAUAUUUGCUGGAGGCCCCCUGUCUACCGCUAACGGCGACAAGCUCGUCGCGGGCGGCGUCCGUCUUUUUGCUUGCUACGGAGCGACGGAGUUCGGCACGUUUACGUGCGUUUUUGACGACGAUGUCGAUGAGCCCAGCCCGGUCGGUAAGACGCGUGCAGACUAUCAAUGGCUGCAAAUGCCAAAGGAAAGCAAUCCUCGAUGGGUCCCUCAAAGCGAUGGGACAUUCGAGCUUCAGUUGCUGGCAUGCCCGACGCAUCAACCGUCCAUUGAGAAUUUGCCAAAUGGCGAGCAUGGAUAUUCGACGUCCGACCUUUUCGAGCCCCAUCCGACUAAGCCAGGUCUCUGGAAAAUAGUUGGCCGCACAGAUGAUGUCAUUGUACUAGGAUCAGGUGAGAAGGUCGUGCCGAUUCCCCAGGAGAACCACAUCAGCGCACUCCCUUGGGUGGCGGGGACGAUCAUGUUCGGCCGCGGUCACCAGCAGGUCGGGAUCCUCGUGGAACCACAGCCUGGGCACGAAGUUCAUCCUGGUGACGAGAAGUCGCUCAUCAGAUUCCGAAAUGACAUCUGGAAGCAGGUCGAGGAGGCCAACGCAGACGCCCCCGCGUUUUCGCGGAUAUUCAAGGAAAUGAUCAUUGCUGCAGAUCCGGAUCGUCCAUUUGUGCGCGCGGCCAAAGGGACCACCCAACGCAAGAAGACCCUUGAAAUAUAUUCGAAAGAGAUUGAUGACCUCCUGAGUGCAACAUACCUCCGCAACCGCAUCAUUGGCGCGCUGCGAGAGUCGUCGGAUGCUUCGGUGAAUGCAGCCACACAGCAUAUACAAUCCAACCUCGUCUUUCAGUAUCCCACACUCUCGGCUCUGGCUGAGAGGCUUGAAAAGCUUGUUGGACACGGAGCAGCAUCUACAAUGUCUCAAUCACCCUCGUCACAGAUCGACGCAAUGACGGGCAAGUAUGUCGCACAGCUGCCUCCCCCGCCUAAGAAGAUCAGGAACGCGUCUUCUCAUGAUGCGGUCGUGUUGUUGACCGGAUCGACUGGGAGCCUUGGUGCCCACAUCCUUGCUCUCUUGUUAGGAGAUGCCCGGGUCAAGCGCGUCUAUGCCCUCAAUCGGGGUCAAAGCAUUGCGCAACGUCAGCUCGAUGCCUUCGAGUCAUACGAGCUGCCGGGGAGCCUUCUACAGGAACCGAAGCUCACUCUGUUGUCUGGUGAUUUCGCUCACGAGGACCUUGGCCUCGAUCAUCAAGUUCUGAAAGAGAUCUCAGACUCUGCCACGCACAUCAUCCACAAUGCGUGGAGGGUCGACUUCAAUUUAGCCUUGGCUUCUUUCGAGUCUCAUAUAGCGGCCGCAGUCCGCCUGCUGGCUCUGGUUCCCGAAGCGCACUACAUCUUCACUUCGUCUGUCUCGAUUGCAGGAGGAUGGCAUGCUGCGGGAGGACGUGGCCCGGUUCCAGAAGCCUGCCUGCGCGAUUCGAAGGUUGCCUCCGCAACCUCAGGAUAUGGUAUGUCGAAAUAUGUGGUCGAGGAGGUACUCGCGGAUGCGCGCAAGAGCGGUUUCAAGACGACCUCGCUACGCAUCGGACAGAUCUCUGGUGCAUCCCAGACCGGAGCAUGGAAUGCGUCGGACUGGGUUCCAAGUAUUGUCAAGUCUAGCAUCGCUCUAGGCGCCUUCCCGGAACUGGACGGGGUCGUAUCAUGGAUUUCUAUGGACACAGUCGCAAACACUGCUCUUGACGUCCUGUUCGGCUCCGACAGCCCGGAGCUUGUCAACGUCGUGCAUCCUGAGCCUGUUACCUGGCGUGAGGUAGCAAACGUCAUCAGUGCAGAGCUUGGCGACCUGCCGUUCACCCCACUAGCCGAUUGGGUCAAACGGCUGGAAGCCGCCGCGGAGGGCGCUACUUCACAGGACCUCCAAACCAUUCCUGGAAUCAAAUUGCUGGAGUACUUCCGCAGCUUAGCGAGGCUCGAGAGUGACGCUCGGGAGAGUGGUGUCGACGAGAUCGAAGUGGGGGGUUUGCCCAUCUUCCAGACGUCUGUCGCGAAGCAGGUCAGCCCAACGAUUGCGGGCCUCAAACCAUUAGGCGAGAAGGAUGCUCUAUCCUGGGUUAACUACUGGAGAAAGGGAAAGUUCUUGCCGUAA